UGUCGUGUGCCCGUGCUCUAGUCGACCUCGCCAACGGCGGCACCGCAUCUGAGAGGGGGGAGGGGUCUUCGGAGAGGAGAUGGCGAAGCGGCUGGGCGAGGCGGCGCCGUGGGGGGAGGCGCCGGGCUCGCCGGUGAACAGCCUGGACGACGGCUGCCUCAUGCAUAUCUUCAGCUUCCUCAGCCCGAUUCCAGAUAGGUAUAACACCGCCCUCGUUUGCCACAGAUGGCGCUUCCUGGCAUGCCAUCCUCGGUUGUGGUUGCGUGUUGAGAGGCCGCUCAGAGAUGUAAAGGAGCCUGGAGUUUAUCCAGAUCUUGAGGCUGCUAUUUCUGCUGCUAGGCCUGGUGACACUAUUCUAAUUGCUGCCGGUGGCACCUAUCUUGCAUGUAAUAUCCAAAUAAAGAAGCCCCUUUGCAUUAUUGGCGGGGGUGAGCUUCCUGAUGACACGGUAUUGACAUGUUCCCGUGGCUCCGACAAUGCACUGGAGUUCCUUUCCACGUGCAAGAUCGCCAACCUGACCAUCAAGGCAGAGCUCGGAUGCUGCCUGCUCCAUCGGAGCGGCAAGCUAACUAUUCAGGAGUGCUUGCUGCAGUGCGAGCCAAACCCUCUGGACUACCUGUCCUUCCCGAUAGUCAGCACGGCGAUCGAAUACAAUCCGCUGCCGUCGUCGCUCAAGGAGCAGCAGGGGCACGGCGUGACGGUCGUCCGCACCCGGAUCGAAGGGGGCGCCAAGGCCGUGCGGACCAACGGGACCCUGGCGCUGCAGCGCGUGCGGGCCAUCUACGCCCGCAGGUCCGUCUUCUUCUGGUUCGAGGUAGGGGAGAAGCUGGAGCCCCUGUGAAACCAAUAAGCUCUUGUAUUCUGUAAUCUCACUCUAGUGUUCAGCAAACAAUUGUACUGUAUCAUGGUUGUUCUCCCCGUCUGUUGUAACCUAUGAUAAAUUGAGCUACCUGUUCACAUUUGAAUCACAAAGUUUGGCCUGCUGAGUCUAAAUUAAAAAGUCGUUUUUCA